AUGGCCGACACCGUAACAAUCAAGGCUAUCGAGGCGGGAACCGUCCAUCAGAUUCAGUCCGGCCAGGUUAUCGUCGACUUGUGCUCUGUGGCAAAGGAGUUGGUCGAGAAUAGCAUCGACGCUGGCGCCACAAGUAUUGAGAUCCGUUUUAAGAACCAGGGGCUCGAUUCAAUUGAAGUACAAGACAAUGGCGGUGGUAUCGCACCCCAGAAUUAUGAAUCACUAGCCCUGAAGCAUUAUACUUCAAAAUUGUCAACUUACUCAGACUUGGACACAUUGCAGACCUUUGGCUUCCGUGGGGAGGCGCUCUCGUCGCUUUGUGCUCUUUCCCGCUUCUCUGUCGUUACCUGUCUACAGUCCGAUGUUCCCAAAGGCACGCGGCUUGAGUUCGAAACAUCUGGGAAACUGAAGGGGACUAGCGUCAUUGCAGCGCAAAAGGGAACCACCGUCUUUGUCGAGAAUCUGUUCCACAACCUCCCGGUCCGUCGUCGGGAGCUGGAACGCAAUAUCAAGCGGGAAUGGAACAAAGUCAUGAGUCUUCUGAAUCAAUACGCCUGCAUCCAAACAGGAGUGAAAUUCACCGUCUCUCAACAGCCGAACAAAGGCAAGCGUAUUGUACUGUUUUCUACCAAAGGCAAUCCGACCACAAGGGAGAACAUUGUUAACGUCUUCGGGGCCAAAACGGUGGGGGCUCUAAUUACUCUUGACCUCAAGCUUGAGCUCGAACCUACUACUGGCCAGAAAUGGAGUGUGCAAGUCGAUGAUAGCACGAAAGAGAUUCUGGUCCGUGGAUUUGUUUCUCGUCCUGCCCAUGGGGAGGGCAGGCAGACUCCUGAUAGGCAAAUGUUCUUCGUAAACGGGCGACCUUGUGGAUUACCACAAUUUGCGAAAGUCUUCAACGAAGUAUACAGAUCAUACAACUCUUCGCAAUCGCCGUUCAUAUUCGCUGAUAUACAGCUGGACACCCAUCUGUAUGAUGUCAACGUCAGCCCGGACAAGCGCACAAUCUUGCUCCAUGAACAAAAUCGAAUGCUUGAUAACUUAAGGGACUCACUAACCGAACUCUUUGAGGCGCAGGAUUAUACGGUACCAACAGCCCAACUCUUCUCAGCCAAACAAACGCCGUACAAGAGGCUAUCAUUGAAUCGCGAGGGCACAACAGCUUCUGGAAGCUCGCGAGAUAGUCCUGUUGGUAUCAUUAGAAAAGGAAGCUCCGGAGUUGCCACUGAGGAGGACCAUUCUGAUCUAGACCCUUCCGAAGACGAAGAUGAACCAGCCACCCGAUCCAAGAAGGCUCAAGCUACACGACGAUCAGUUUCCGCGAAGUCGCUGUCUAAGGACACAGGUGCCCUGGAACCUGAUGAUCAAUCGGAAAACGCCGAGCAAACGAAUGAACAGGACAAUGAAGACAGUAAUAUUUCAAUGCCCGAUGCAGAGGAAUCCGAGAAUAUGUUCUUAUCAGAGCCAAACGACACUAGCUCAGAUGUGGAGGAUAAGGAAAUGGGGUUCUCCCCUGAGCAAGACGAAAAUCUACGAGAUGAUGAACAAGAAAAUGACGAGGAAGAGGAAGAGGAAGAAAGCGAGCCGAGCAACUCUCCUCAGUCGAAACUGUCUGAUGAUGGAGAUGACGCAUAUCUGAGUGAGGAGGAAAACGAUGAGAAAACCACUCUGGUUUUGGAGACAACUGAAGUCGUAGAGGAAGGGGGCGUGACACCUAACGAGGAUAUCCACAAACGCAGUCAGCAGUUCUUGAAGGGCACUGGCAAGAGGAAAGACACUACAGUACAACUGAUGCAGCGGCUGAAGGUCAAUGAAGAAUCACUGCGCGAACAGGUCUACACCUGGGAAGCCCAGAGUGUUUCCACCAGUUCUGGAGGUAAAAGUUCUGACGAUAGCGGCGGUGGCCUAGAAGCCGAGGACGCUGAGGAAAAGCUGUCUCUCAGCAUAGCCAAGGCUGACUUCGGCAAAAUGAAGAUUGUGGGACAAUUCAACCUGGGCUUCGUUCUUGCUGUUCGCGCUAGGAAUUCGGACGGCUCUACAUCAGACAGCCAGGCUAGAGACGAUGAUUUGUUCAUCAUCGAUCAACACGCAUCGGAUGAAAAGUACAACUUCGAGAGGCUGCAGGCUAGCACGGUUGUGCAAUCUCAGCGUCUUGUUAAGCCAAAGACACUAGAGCUCACUGCCGUCGAAGAAGAGAUAUUGAUCGAAAACCAGCCGGCUCUAGAGGCAAAUGGUUUUGUCGUUAGUGUCGAUGAGUCCGGAGAUGAACCCGUUGGGUCCCGGUGCCAGCUUCUCAGUCUACCCUUGAGCCGAGAAACGACAUUUUCUCUCGCUGAUCUUGAGGAGCUCAUCUCCUUACUAGGCGAGCAUACCUCCUCGAAUGAGUAG